AUGUGCAUCAUCGUCUCCACCUCCCACAUCUGCCACCACAAAACCUUCAGUGUCGCCACCAGGCCCUGCCAAUACUUCCUCGACAACUACGCCAGACAGCGCUGGAGAUCCCAGCACGAGUGUCCCUACAAGCGGUUCACGCAUAAGAGGGAUGGGAAGGUGUGUCAGGGGUGCACUACGGAGUUUGCCCAUCCGUACAGGGGCCCGGGGGGUGAGGAGGGGGGCGGAGAGAUAGAAAGGAUCAGGACGGAGAGGAUGAGUAGGAGGGAGAGUAUGAGGAGGGAGAGUAUGAGGAGGGAGAGUUUGAGGAGGGAGAGUGUGAGGGGAGAGAGGGCGAGGAGUCCGGAGAGGGGGGGGACGUUUAAGAGGGCAUUGGGGAGGUUGGUUGUUAUUGGUGCGGUUUGUCUUGUCCUCACGGUGAGACGAAACUCGGAGUAUUUUUAA